AUGCAUACAAGACAUUCAAAGCUAUUUGAAUCAGGUGGUGAGACAGUUAAGAGAAACUUACUAGAAUCUUAUUCUAUGCAAAAUCGUAAGCCAAAUAGCAAUGAAGAAUAAUAGUUACGUGAAUAAGUGGAGAGAUUAACAAAUGAAUUAAUAAUAUUGAAGAAUAAGGAUAAAGCUAAGGUUUCUGUUGAUAAGUAGAUACAAUGUGAAGACAAGAGAUGGGAAUUAUUAAAUGAGAUAAUAAAAUAGAAAGAUAAAUCGAUAGAACAAUAUGAGAAAUAGAUUCUCAGUUUUAAGAAUAUGAUCCUUUAGUCUAAUUAAUAGAAAAAGGAAUUGCUUUUAAAAUUAGAGUACUAGGAUUCAAUCAAAAAAACUUAGAUGAUAAAGGUUUCUCAAAAUACACAAACUGAUUUAAAUAACAAUAAAGUUUAGUAAACAUAAUAAACUGAGUUCGAUUUAGGAAUAAUCUAUGGUAUGAAAUAAAUGGGGUCACCAACAAACAAGAUCAAGGAAUAAAUAUCGAAAUUAGUUCAAACAGAUGGUAAGUUCUAUCAUGAAAUUGGCAUAUUGAAUUAAGAUGAAAUAUAUAAGGAAAUUGAAUAAUAUAAAUUAAUUCUAAAAGACUAUGAUUUAGAGAACAGGAGAUUGAAGGAAACACUUCAAUCCAGUAAAGAAAAUAUUGAUAGAGAAACUUAAAUAACAGUAUAAUUAGAAAAUAAGAGUGUUCAAGUAGGGGAGGAAUUUAGGGAUAAGAUGGAUAAGAUGGUUUAAGAGUAUUAAAUUUCAAUUGAUAAUUAAAAACAAUUAUAAAAACAAUAUAAUCAAUAAUAAAUAGAUUUGAAUACUUUAAGAAAAUAGUAUGAUUAAUUAGUAAGUGAUUACUACUUUAUUUAAUCAGAAAGUAAAGUAAAUGAGAAGAAAAUAAAGGAAUUGAAUGAAGAAAUAGAAUAAUUAAAAAAUGAAUUAUAAUUAAAAGAUCCAAGUGUAAGUAGUACUGAAACUAUGACAUCUCCAAAAGAUUCUCAAAAAAGUUCAAAGAAAAAAGGGAAUAAUUAAAAAAUAAAAAGUUUUGUUUAAUCUAAUUAUUUUAACCCAUAAAAUGUAGAUGAAUUAAUCCUAUAACAAGAAGAGAAUUAGAAAUUAGUAAUGAAAAUAUAAGAAUUAAGAAGAGAAUUAGUAGAGACUUCAAAAAGCUUAAAAGUAAUUCAGGAAGAAUUAGCAAUAAAAGAAUUGAUAUUAAUAUAGUAAGGUUAAGAAUUACUAUAGACUUAGACAGAAUUAAAGAAUAUUAAGAUUAGAAUUGAGUCAGUAGAUAUAUUAGAAUAAAAACUUAAAGAAUAAGAGUUAAGGUAUACAGAUGAGAUAUAAAAAUUAAGUCAGAAAUUGGCAAUUUUGAAUUCUGAUUAUUUGGGAAUGAAAGUGAUUAAUCAGACUUUACACUUUCAACUAGAUAAAUAUUAAAACAAAUUAAAAUAAUAAUAAUCACCAUGA